AUGGAAAAAAAUAUAGAACUACUUCUUAGUAAACUCGACGAGAAACUAGAAAAACAAACCGAACUCAUAACAUACUCUGUAACCAAGAGUGUCAUGGAAGCUUUAGACGAAAAAAUGAAAGCAGUCACGGAGGAAAAUAAUAAACUCAAAAACAAAAUAUCUGAACUUGAACUUAAACUUAAAAGAACAGAAUUAGAAAAGAGAAAAAGCAAUCUGGUCUUCUUUGGAGUCGAAGAAAAGAUUAAAUUCGAAGCGGAAUUAGUAGAUUUUAUUAAAGAAAUAAUUGUGGGCAUGGGAGUACGCAUGGAUAGUCAAGAAAUUAGCAAAGUCUAUAGAAUCGGACAAAAAAUUGAAAACAAAAAUCGUCCAGUGGUUGUAACCAUCACAACUCAAUGGAAAAAACAUCUCAUAUUAAAAAAUAAACCUAAACUGCCACAAGGUAUUAACAUAAAAGAAGACUACCCCAAGGAAAUCCUAUACAGACGUAAACAAUUACAACCACAAUUAGAAGAAGAAAAUAAGAAGGGUAAUAUUGCCUAUCUAAAAUAUGACAGGCUUAUUGUGAAAAAGCCAAUAGAAAAUAGAGAGAAAAGAAAAAGAGAUACUUCCGACUCACCUAAAGCACUAACACAGAAGAAAGCUAACAGAAAAGAUACAUUGAACAAUCCAUCGCCCCAAAGUACACUACCCAAAGCAUAUGGUCUCCCACCACGGCUGGUCCCCGCGGAAGACCUAGACCACCACCCUCUAACAAGAAACAAUAAUAAUAAUAACAAUAACAGUAGGAAUAGGAACAAGUUAUACCUAGCAACCCUAAACACUAGAACCUUACGAACAGCAGAAUCUCUAUCGGAACUAGAAGAAGCAUUAAAGGACCUUAACUGGAACUUAAUAGGAAUAAGCGAAAUGAGAAGAGUAGGAGAAUAUAUUGAUGAGCACCGUGAUUUUGUUAUAUUCAAUAAAGGAGACAUUGAAGGACAAAGAGGAGUUGGAUUUAUAGUUAAAAAGCACUUAAAAGAACAUAUACUUGAGUUUAUUGGAAUUAAUGAUAGAAUUGCAAUACUACAUAUGAGACUAUCAAGCCUCAACAAAACAUGGUCAAUUAUCCAAGCAUAUGCACCUACAGAACAAGCUGACGAACUUCAGCAUAAGUCCUUCUACAACGACCUAUCCCAAAUUACAAAUAACUACUCAAGAAAUAUAAUUAUAUUAAUGGGUGACUUUAAUGCGCAAGUGGGAAUAAAACAAUGUGAGGAAGAAUAUGUGUUAGGAAGUUUUGGCUAUGGGAAAAGAAGCAAAAAUGGACAAAGGCUAGUAGAUUUUUUAUUAGAGCACAAUCUUACUCUCCUAAAUAGUACAUUCAAGAAAAAUAAAAACAAAAAGUGGACUUGGAUCUCUCCAGGCGGAAAUUAUAGAACUGAAAUAGAUUAUAUUAUAACCAGCCAUCCAAGAUUAUUUACAAACACGGAAGUUAUAACAAAAUUAAACUUUAAUACUGACCACCGCAUGGUAAGAGCGACAAUCAAGACUAUACCACCUAAACUGUCUAGAAAGUUUACUAUACCUAGCACACUCCCGACAUACUGCAUAAAGUGCAAUGAAACAACUCGGAACUCCUUGUCAAAGCUUAGCAGAGAACUUUUAGAAACCGACGAAAUAGAUGUAGGAGCAAGCUAUAAUAAACUACAAAAUGAAAUUAUAUGCCAGAAUAACCAAAAACUGCUACAAUAUAAGUAUGACUUAAGUGAUUCAACUCUACAACUGAUAAAUAAAAGAAAAAGUCUAUUUAACUAUAAAACAAGGAAACAGAACAACCAAAUCAUAAGUGAUUUAAGUAAAAAAAUCAGAGAGGGCAUCAGGAAAGAUAGGAAACUGAAGAGGCUGCAAACCCUAGAAAAACACAUAACGAGAACAGGAGGAACUAGAAAAGCUCUAAAAGAACUAAGAGAAUCAAAUCCAUGGAUUCCAAAACUGAAGAACAACCAAAAAAAUGUGACAGGCCGAAAGAAUAUAAACAAAAUAGCUACAAAAUUCUACUGUAAUCUAUAUUCCAAUCAAGAUACCACCAUAAAUGUAAAUGUAAGUCGAGCAAGCCUUAAUGGGGAUCCACCCUUAUUGAACCCAGAACCCGAAAUAUUACACAGCGAAACUAGGAAAGCUAUACUAAGUCAAAAAUUAGACAAAGCACCAGGUCCUGACAAAAUUACAAAUGAGGUAUUAAAAGGAACCUUAGAAGAACUUGUUCCCAUACUAACUAAAAUCUUCAACGGCAUCCUAAGAUCGGGAUAUAUUCCAGAACAAUGGGAAAUAUCACAUAUCAUUCUCAUACAUAAGAAAGGCCAAAAAGAUGAUAUAGGAAAUUAUAGACCAAUAAGCCUAACGUCUAACAUUUAUAAAAUCUUUUCCAAAAUUAUUUUAGACCGAAUAAGUAGCACACUAGACGAAAACCAACCAAAGGAACAAGCUGGAUUCAGGAAAAACUAUUCUACCAUAGAUCACAUUCACACAGUUAAACAAGUUAUGGAAAAAUACAAUGAGUACAACAAACCGUUGUAUAUGGCUUUUAUUGAUUACUCUAAGGCAUUUGACAGCAUUAGCCAUAUAGCCAUAUGGGAGAGUUUACAAAACCAGGGAAUCCCUGCAGUGUACAUAAACAUCAUUAAAAAAAUAUAUUCCAACAGCAAAGCAAGAGUGCAGCUUGAAACCCUGGGUGAGAUAUUUCAAAUAAAAAGAGGUGUUAGGCAAGGUGACCCGCUGUCCCCCAAACUGUUCUCUGCAGUGCUGGAGACUAUAUUUCGAAAACUAAUCUGGGAUCAGUAUGGAUUACGUAUUGAUGGACAAAAACUAAAUCAUCUUAGAUUCGCUGACGAUAUUGUCUUGUUUGAAGAACACCCAGAGAACCUAGAAAAAAUGUUAGAAGAUCUAAUAAACGAGAGUGAGGAAGUGGGAUUAUCCUUGAACAUAAAUAAAACAAAGUUGUUAACAAACUCAGUAAAAUAUGAAAUAAAGAGUAACAACGUACCUGUCGAAUAUGUGGAAGAAUAUAUCUAUUUGGGACAGAUCAUUUCACAUACAGACAUAACUACUAAAGAAGUCAAAAGACGAAUAGCCAACGGAUGGAAAAGAUAUUGGUCACUAAAAGAGAUUAUGAAAUCUACCGAUCUUAAUACCAGCAUCAAGAGGAAGGUCUUCAAUACCUGCGUUCUUCCCUGUAUCACAUAUGGGUGCGAAACCUGGUCUCUUACAAAACAUCACAGAAACAUGCUAGAACACUGCCAAAGAUCCAUGGAACGAAGCUUGAUAGGUAUCAAGAAACAAGACAAAAGACGGAACACAUUUAUAAGAAGUAAGACAAAAGUCACAGACGUACUUACCAGAAUUGACAAUUUGAAGUGGAGAUGGACGGGACACAUGCUGCGUAGUACCCAGGAGAAAUGGAGCAAGAUCGUAACAGACUGGUAUCCUAGGGAUGGGAAAAGGAAAAGAGGAAGACAAUGUAAGCGAUGGGAGGAUGAGCUAAAAUUGACAGCGGGUCCGAAUUGGAGAAGGGUUGCUAGAGACCGAGCACAAUGGAAAUCGUUAGAGGAGGCCUUUGCCAACAGGCACACUGAACUUAGAGAUAUAUUGUAA